UUUUGCACUAGUUUGAAGCAGCAAGAUGUGGAAGUGUUUUGGUUUUUUAAUUUUCGUGGCGUUGAUUUCUGUUACAACAGAGGAUGAAGACGUUCGUGAAAAUCGAGGUUUAACCAGUAAAAACUUUUUGGGGGGCGUGUGGGGCAACCGUCCUCCCCUGCUUGAGAGUAACCUGCGGUCAACCUGUUCAUGCAAGUGCGGGGAGCGGAACGAGGUAUCCCGGAUAGUGGGGGGAGGGGAGGCGGGCGUGGACGAGCUGCCGUGGAUGGUCAAGCUGAUCUACUUCAAGCGGUUCUACUGCGGUGGCAUGCUCAUUAACGACAGAUACGUGUUAUCCGCCGCACAUUGUGUUAAAGGGUUCAUGUGGUUCAUGAUAAAGGUGACGUUUGGGGAACUAAACCGAUGCAACGCGACGGUGCGCCCGGAGACCAGAUUCGUGAUAAGGGUCAUCACACACAACUUCACUAUGUCCAACUUCGAUAACGACAUCGCCCUGCUGCGUCUUAAUGAGAGAGUGACCAUGUCAGUCGCCAUCAAGCCCAUUUGCUUGCCUACUAACGAUGCUGACCUCUACGUGGGAGUGAAAGGGAUAGCUGCAGGUUGGGGCACUCUGACCGAAGAAGGCAAAGUCUCCUGCACCUUACAGGAAGUGGAGGUGCCAGUGCUCAGUAACAAAGAGUGUAGGAACACGAAAUACACGUCCGCCAUGAUAACCGACAACAUGCUCUGUGCAGGCUACCCGAAAACUGGACAGAAAGAUUCGUGUCAGGGCGACAGUGGUGGUCCUCUUAUUACCGAGAGAAAGCAAGACAAACGCUAUGAGUUAAUAGGUGUCGUUUCCUGGGGCAACGGCUGCGCUCGGAUUGGUUACCCCGGGGUCUAUACUAGAGUGACCAGAUAUUUGAACUGGAUUAGGGAAAACACGAAAGAUGCCUGCUACUGUACUGAAUAAGCAUUAGCAACGAAGCAAAAUUCAGGGGCCUGAUUCUCAAGUCUCGAAUGUCGUCUCUAUCGCGCCUUACAUAGCGCGAAU